UUAUAAAUACUUCAGUGAAGUUUAGCUGCUUGUUUUUAUCAAAACUUCAUGCACUUCACAAUUACCCAUCUGUUUCGACUGGCCUCUUGCAUAAUUCACCGGCACCACACAUCCGCCUGGUACAAAUACAUUGCGAGCGCACACAAUAAUCAUUACAUCCGACCGAUCUGCAAUAAUACGUCCUUAAACAUGGCUGCUGAAGGUGCCUUGACUGAAGUUGCCUCGAACAAAGUGUUUGGUGGACAGCAGAAGAUCUUCUCACAUGACUCAAAAGAAUUGGGCUGUAAGAUGAACUUCGGCGUGUAUUUCCCUCCACAAUACGAGUCAAAUAAACAGCUGCCAGUUGUUUAUUUCCUCUCUGGAUUGACAUGCAAUGAAACCAACUUUAUUCAAAAAGCUGGUGCACAAAGGUAUGCUGCUGAAUAUGGUCUUAUUCUGGUGAAUCCAGACACUUCACCAAGAGGUUUAAACAUUCCUGGUGACUCAGAUUCCUGGGAUUUUGGUGUUGGUGCAGGUUUCUACAUUAACGCAACUCAGGAGCCAUGGAAAAACAACUACAAAAUGUUUAACUAUGUCACAAUUGAGUUGAUCCAGGCAAUCAAGGAAAAUUUCGGUGGUGCAGAUGUGCAGUCCAUUAUGGGUCACAGCAUGGGUGGUCAUGGUGCAUUCAUCUGUGCAUUGAAAAACCCUGGGUUGUUUAGUUCAGUGAGUGCUUUCUCACCAAUCACAAACCCCAUUCAGUGUCCAUGGGGACAGAAUGCUUUCACCGGAUAUCUAGGACCUAAAGAGACAGGCAAAUGGGAGGAAUGGGAUGCUACUGAGUUAGCAAAAGUUUACAAUGGUCCUCCACUGGAAAUAUUCAUUGAUCAAGGAACUGAAGAUCAGUUCCUGAAGCAGAAUCAACUGCUUCCGAAUAAUUUACUCGAAGCUGCAACCCCCAAUACUUCACUGCAAACACAAAUGCAUAUGCGUGAGGGUUACGAUCACAGUUAUUUCUAUAUAAGUUCGUUUGUUGGUGAUCACUUGGCGUUCCACUCGAAGCACUUGCAAAAGAAGUAAUAAUAAUAACUUUGCAAUUGUUUUGUGUGGUGAUGGUGUUUGUUACAAGUCAAUAAUAUUUUUCUAUCACGUUUGUACAAUUGUAAUACAUAAUUUGUUUGUUUCUCUAAAUUAAAACUAAAAUAAGAAAUAAACGACACGAUAAUCACAAA